UGCUCCAAAAGACACGUUCAGUUUCAGGGUCUCGCCGGCAGCCCUGGCUGGCGGGCGCGGAGAGGGCAACGGGGCCCCGACGGCAGGGUCCUCUGGGGGCCCCGGAGUUGAGAGGAGGCGUCCGGGAGCCCCCGGAGGAGGAUGGGCUGCGGACACAGCACACUGAACUGCUGCAAACCCCCCCAAAAGAGACAGCGAGAACCAGGUCAGCCACCCAGACCAGAGCCUCAGGAACUAGGACCCCUCAAUGGGGACACAGCCACAACUGUCCACCUGUGUGCAUCUGAGGAAGCUGAGCAGCACCAGAAGGAUAUAACCAGAAUUCUCCAGCAGCACGAAGAGGACAAGAAGAAAUGGGCACAACAAGUGGAGAAGGAGAGGGAGCUAGAGCUUCGAGAGAAGCUGGAUGAGCAGCGAAGAGUCCUGGAGGGAGAGCAUGAGACAGCACUACAAGACCUCCGGGCCUCGUAUGAGCAGGAGAAAGAAGCCCUUACUCAUUCCUUCCAAGAGGCCAAGAUGGUCCUGCAGGAGACCAUUGAUGGACUGACCUCACAGCUGGAGGCCUUCCAGGCCAAGAUGAAGAGAGUAGAGGAGUCCAUUCUGAGCCGAGACUAUAAGAAGCACAUCCAGGAUUAUGGGAGCCCCAGCCAGUUCUGGGAGCAGGAGCUGGAGAGCUUGCACUUUGUCAUCGAGAUGAAGAAUGAACGUAUUCAUGAGCUAGACAAGCGGCUGAUCCUUAUGGAAACAGUGAAAGAAAAAAACCUGAUGUUGGAAGAGAAGAUCACCACCCUCCAACAGGAGAACGAGGACCUCCAUGUCCGAGGCCGUAACCAGGUGGCUCUGUCAAGGCAGCUCUCGGAGGACCUGCUUCUUGCCCGCGAGGCCCUGGAGAAGGAGUCGCAGUUAAGGCGACAGCUCCAGCAGGAGAAGGAGGAACUGCUGUACCGGGUCCUUGGGGCUGAUGCCUCCUCCGCCUUCCCCCUGGCCUCAGUCACCCCUACCGAAGUCUCCUUCUUGGCCACAUAGGCUCAGGGCCUGGGCAGCCAUGACAUCUGUGCUCACAGCUCCCUCUCCAGGACUUUCGAGAGAAGACAGCAAGAGCCUCUCGUUCUUCUCCCAGGAGGCCAUGAGGGCCGGAGUGAGACAGGAGCCAGAGUGUGUGCCCGUGAGCCCUGGGGGCUUAGGUCACAUGAAACUACCCAUGGGGCUUUGGAGGCCCCGAGGAGUGCCUUCCCUUGAGUUGGCCCAGGGAAUACAGCAAAAGGAGCCUUUUUCUUCCUCCCCCCUCUCUCUCUUCAAAUCGGGGAGUUCUGAGGCUUUUCCCAGGGGGAGCCUGUGCUGCUUUGGCCACCUGACAAAGAAGACACAACCUCCUGGUCCUACCUUGUCAGCUUUGCUGCCAGCUCAUAAACUUACUCCUAGAUGUCCCCACUUCUGCCUUGGCCUUCUCUCAGCCUCAGUUUACUGGUCCUCUUACACAGUUGCGGGAACUGAACAAAUGACUCUUGAGUUACUAUAGUGUCCCAUUCUAGGAUUGUGUGAAGGUCAGACAUGGAGCUGGGGGAUGGGAGGAAGUGGGCCAAACCCUGUGAAUCAACUGGGAAAAGCGAGCGGCUGGGAGGGGCUCACGAGGCCCUUGGGGCUGGCAGUGCCAGGGGCCAACCCAGCCAAGGCAGGGCAUUCGCAUGCCGCUGCUCUUUGUCCCCUAGUCUGGUUGGCCCAGGGGUAAUGGCCAGAGCCCCUCCUCCUUGACCAGGCAAAGCUCACUCCUCAGCCCUCCUGGUCCCUUAGUCUCAGUGCCACUGGGGCCACCUAGUGAGUCUGAGUCCACUCCACAGCCAGGGCUAGAACCUCACCCCUGAACAGAUGAGAAAACCCGAGGUGGGGAGUAGGACUCACAAAGCCGGGACUGGGACCUCAUCCGUCAUCGAGGUCUUGUGCUUUUUCUUUCUCCCCAGGCUCUGGGAAGAUCACAUCUGUGACAGUCUUUCUCCUCCUUCCUCUCUCUGGCCCCCGCCCAUUUCCAGUCUUGUUUUCUCUCCUGCUCCCCACCUUCACUCCUUCUAAUACCCCUGAUCCCAGGUCCCUAGAACCUGGCCCUCCGCUUCCCAUCAGUGUGAAGGGGUGGCUGGAGUAACUCACCUCAGCAGGUCUGUCCAGCCCUGACAUCUGUGAAGUUAAGAUUCUUUUCAAGAAGCUUCAGGUCAGCAGGAGGCCGUAAUAAUAACUUUCCCCUGCAUAGAGCAUUUUAAUUAAAUGCUUUCACAGACACCUCCCUCCUCUGAUCUGCAUGAGAUCCUUGAAGCAGGUUCUUACCCCAUUUCAGUGGCAGAUCAGACUGAGAUCAAACUUACUGAAGGACCUUGCCUCAGGCACCCCAAGCUCCAGCCCCCAGCCCUGGGCCAGCACGCAGGAAAAGUCAGUCUCCACCAUCGUCCCAGACUGCCUUCUUCAUCCAUUUCUAGUUCUGGGAGUUCAGCAGGGCUAGGGGACUACAGAGCUGCAUCUUUGUCAUGGAUAAACAGGUACUCCAGGAGACUAGGGCAGCUCAGGAGUGAAGGACAGACAUACUUCUUCACAUAACUUUUCCCAAAGCCUGUGUAGGAUACACUAGAUCAUUGCACAUUAGUAGGCACAACCAAGAAAAGAAUCAGUGGCCAAAUAAGUUGAGAAACUCUAGAUUCAAUCAAAUUAAAUGGAUCUGCAAACUGCAGGACUUCUCAGAACCUUUAAUAUGCUAACAUACAUUGCAAAUUCCCAAGAAGGAAGCAAAGUAUUCAGCAUUUCUAAACUUCUUUGACCAAGUUUCUACCCCAAACCCAGCACUUCAGGCUGCAGAAUGCCCUUUAGAAAGCAUUGUUUUAAUUGGAGGGGCUGAGCUGGAGAAGGGACAAGUUGUGGGGAACAGGGUUUCCCUCAUGUAGCCUGUGAUGGAUGAAAGGAGAUAAACUGUGGUCAUAAUCUCAUCCUGGGGCAGACAAGCUAUGGAAACCAAAUAGAAUGCACAGUAUCAUUUUUA